UUAUCCGACAUGCAGCAUUAUCACUAACAUCGUGUUUUCCUCGAGAAUCCUAUCUUGGAAGUGCUUUACGAUGGUGCCAUGGAAAGAAAUACGUUUUACAGCAAUUUAUAACAUGGUAUCAUAUUGAUCAGUCGUUACGUGUCAAAAACACCUUAACGGUCGAUGAUAUAUUUAUAAAAGAACAAUGUGAUGAAAAAUAUUUGAAUUAUCGUUUUAUCGAAUCGUUUAAUGUUACAUUUCUAUCAUGUUGCCAAAAACAAAAUGUUGUAUUAAAUACAAACACGCAACUAAUAUACUUUGCUCGUUAUCGUCGUGGUUUGGUCACCUAUCAUUCAAGAGUCUAUUCACGAAGUGGACGAGCUAUUAGUUACUAUGUUUGUGUUAAAAGUGAUUUAUGUCCAGCUAAACGAGGAACAUGUUUUGCUGAGAUAUUAGUAUUUUUCAAAUUAAACGAUACUUAUGCAUUUAUAAAAGAAUAUUCCUGUAUUGACCGAUCUUUAACAGAUGGUUUAACUUGCACUGCAUCGACCGUUCUUAUUAAAAAAUUAAACGAAUUUUAUGCAUUUUUUAAUGAUAAACAUUUUUCUUAUAAAAUUGUUCUGGUAUCAGCUUUGUUGGAUAAAGCUAUACGUAUACCAUGGAAUGAGAAGGAUUUAUCAGUUUUUACAAAUGUUGCAUUAGACUGGGAGCAUGAUUAA